UCGCCUGGGUGUGAGACUCUCCCCGGCGUGGGGCGAGGCAGCUGGCGGCUCCGUUAUGUCCUAUCGAAAGCAACUUUCCGGAUCUCAAAAAAGAAAACGGAAAGAUGAAAUAGGAUUAGCUAUACAAGCACAGAAGGGUUCUAUACUUAAGUUUGUACGUCAUGAAAACAACGAAGUUGAUCAAGAUGAAAACAAGGAAGUUGAUCAAGAUCAUCAAGUAACUGCCGAAGAAAAUUUUUAUGCAGACAAAGCUCAAGAAAUGCAACAAAACACGGAACAAUCAUUUGAAACAGAUGCAGACACAAACCAAGAAAUUACAACAGUUGAAACUGUACUAGCAUGGGAUAUAGAUGACAUUGGCACAUGGCCGCAAUCUUUAAACAACAAAUUACGCGCCAUUAUACUUGAGAGAGGCCCUGUGAGAAUAGAAGGUCUUGAAUAUCCUAAAGACAUUAGAGGUAGGAAAUUCACAGAAAACAAUUACUACAAAAGACUUUCUAAUGGUGAAAUUGUCAACAGACGGUGGCUUGUGUACUCUAAAUGCAAGGAUGCUGUAUUUUGUUUCCCGUGCAAGAUUUUCAACAGUUGCAAUUUAAAGAUCGCAACCAUGGGUAUUAAUGAUUGGCAAAAUCUUAGUCACACAUUACCGCAACAUGAAAAGGAACAACACCACAUUGAAAGUAUGCACAAAUGGUGUGAGCCAAGUGUAAGGUUAAAGAAUCAGACAACUCUCGAUGCCCAAAAUCAAAGAUUGCUGGAGUCAGAGAAGCAGCACUGGCGUCUUGUUCUUGAACGUCUGUUAUCUAUUGUUGAAUAUCUAUCAACAAACAAUCUUGCUUUUAGAGGAAGCACUGAGAAAUUAUACCAGCCCCAAAAUGGCAAUUUUUUGGGCCUUGUACAGCUGCUGGGAAAUUUUGACACAGUGAUGAAUGAAUAUCUCCGAAGAGUAACUGAAAAUGAAAUACAUGAUGACUAUUUGGGACCAAGAAUUCAAAAUGAACUGAUCAUGCUAAUGAGUAAUAAAGUGAGAGACAAAAUUGUUUCAUUGGUUACUUUGGCAAAAUAUUUUGCUGUAAUUCUAGAUUGCACUCCGGACAUAAGUCAUAAAGAACAGAUGUCGUUAGUAGUGAGAUUUGUCGACAUUAGUGAUUCAGCACAGAUUACAGUUAAGGAAUCGUUUAUCACAUUUUUAGAAGUAGAGGACACUACAGGGUUUGGACUUCUUCAAGCUCUCCUUGAUGAGCUAAAACGAAUGGGAUUGUCCGUAAUGAACAUUAGAGGACAAGGCUAUGAUAAUGGCGCCAAUAUGAGAGGAUGCAUUUCUGGCGUGCAAGCUAGAUUGCUGGCAGAAAAUCCACGAGCCUUUUUUGUUCCGUGUGCAUGCCACAGCCUUCAUUUGAUUCUGUGUGAUAUGGCCAAGUCGUCUGUAGAAGCUAUAUGUUUUUUUGGUUUGCUCCAACGUAUUUUUGUCCUCUUUUCAGCUUCCACUGAACACUGGCAAAUAUUCAAAGCGCAUGUCAGCGGUAUCACCGUUAAGCCUCUAUCUGAGACACGCUGGGAAAGCAGAGUAGAAAGUGCAAAAACAUUGCGAUAUCAAUCUGAGGAAGUUUACGAAGCGCUGGUUGCUAUUUCGGAAGAAGCCAGAGAUCCAAAAGCUAAAAGUCAAGCAGAGUCAUUGGCCUCUGAAAUAGCCAGCUUCAAGUUUCUAACAUCUGUCGUAAUCUGGUAUGACAUUCUUGUUAACAUCUCAAGUGUAAGCAAAAUCAUGCAGAGUCCAACGAUGCAGCUUGAUUCAACACUUACCUUACUAAACACCACACGAGACUUUUUAGUGAAAUACAGAGAAAAUGGAUUCAAAGAAGCACAGGUUACAGCAAGAGAGCUUGCAGAGGCACUCGGUGUGGAACCAAAAUUUCCGUGUCCGAACGUGACAAGAGUUUCGAGGAAAAAACGGCAAGCGGAAGAUGAAGGAGCCGAUGAGCCCAUAGACGAUCCAGAAAAGAAAUUUGAGGUUGACUUUUUUAAUGUCGUGAUGGAUAAAGCAAUAUCUGCCGUCGAUGAAAGGUUUAAUACCUUACGAGCACACCAUGAACAGUUUGGAUUUUUGUAUGACAUAACUAAAUUCAACGAAAUAGGAAAACAAGAGCAGUUAAUGACAAAGUGCAAGAACCUAGAGAGCCUCCUGAAGCACGGAGAUAGUUCUGAUUUAAAUGGACUUGAACUGUACGAAGAAUUGAGUUCAUUGUCAACAGUGUUGCCACAUGCAAAAUCGGUGAUGGACAUUGUACAGUUUAUUCAUACCAGCAAACUUGUUGACAUAUAUCCUAAUGUGUACAUUGCCACUCGUAUUCUACUAACAAUUCCUAUAACCGUAGCAUCAGGAGAACAGAAACUAAAGCUCAUUAAAAACUAUCUCCGCUCUACAAUGAGCCAGGAACACUUGACUGGUCUUGCUAUUCUUUCAAUUGAACAAGACAUCACUUUGUCUUUGUCAUACGAUGACGUUAUUACUGAUUUUGCAGACGAAAAAACCAGAAAGAUUGUUUUUAAUUAA